GGCCGGCUCCUCGGCGUUCCCCCCGUGGAACGUUCGUCCGGGGGAGGAAGCCUCUCGUGGAACGUUGAAACACUUGCCGCCUGCGCUUGUGCGGAUCCGCGUUAAACAAUGCGCGGCGGGGUUCAAGCCAUGCCCAGGUGACCGGGGCGCUCCAAGGGUGGCGAUGGCAGAGGUUCCUGAAGGGUGUUUCCCAGCCAAGAUCCACUGGACCGGGCAGACUUCAAUGCUGUGGAGUAUAUUAAUACUCUCUUUCCAACUGAGCAAUCUUUGGCAAAUAUUGAUGAAGUUGUAAACAAAAUCAGACUGAAAAUAUGGAGGCUGGAUGACAAUAUUCGAACAGUAGUGAGAGGACAGACAAAUGUGGGUCAAGAUGGUCGACAGGCUCUUGAGGAGGCCCAAAAAGCCAUUCAGCAGCUCUUUGGUAAGAUUAAGGAUAUCAAAGACAAGGCUGAAAAAUCAGAGCAAAUGGUUAAAGAAAUCACACGCGAUAUCAAGCAACUAGAUCAUGCUAAGCGUCAUCUGACCACCUCCAUCACUACUCUCAAUCACCUGCACAUGCUGGCAGGUGGUGUGGAUUCGCUUGAGGCUAUGACCAGGAGGAGGCAAUAUGGAGAAGUUGCCAAUCUCCUACAAGGUGUCGUGAAUGUGUUAGAGCACUUCAACAAAUAUAUGGGGAUUCCCCAGAUACGACAGCUUUCUGAAAGGGUAAAGGCUGCCCAAAAUGAGUUAGGGCAACAAAUCCUGGCAGAUUUUGAAGAAGCGUUUCCUUCUCAGGGCACAAAGAGGCCUGGUGGUCCCAGCAACGUCCUCCGGGAUGCGUGUCUAGUCGCUACCGUCUUGGAUCCCAGAAUCAAACAGGAAAUCAUCAAGAAAUUUAUUAAACAACACCUCUCCGAAUACCUGGUCCUUUUCCAGGAAAACCAAGACGUGGCCUGGCUAGAUAAAAUUGACAGGCGCUAUGCUUGGAUUAAACGUCAGCUGAUGGACUACGAGGAAAAGUACGGGCGCAUGUUUCCUCAGGAGUGGUGCAUGACGGAGCGUAUCGCCGUCGAGUUCUGCCAUGUCACGAGGACAGAGCUUGCUAAGAUCAUGCGCACAAGAGCUAAAGAGAUUGAGGUGAAGUUGCUUCUGUUUGCCAUUCAGAGAACGACCAGCUUCGAAGGGCUGCUGGCUAAACGCUUCUCCGGGGCCACGCUGGCUGAUGGGACAGCGAAAAAGGCCGACUUGCCACCUCCCUCGACCAACCCAUUUCUGGAAGACGAAACUGGGACAGAGGCAGACGAAACUGUGAUCGAGAGAGGCGAUCCAGACAGACCCAAGAAGCCAAAGGUCCCGGACAACCCAUUUCAUGGCAUCAUUUCCAAGUGCUUUGAACCUCACCUCUAUGUAUAUAUUGAGUCUCAGGACAAGAAUCUGGGCGAGCUGAUCGACAGGUUUGUCUCUGAUUUCAAAGCUCAAGGGCCUCCCAAGCCCAAUGUGGAUGAAGGGGGAGCUGUCCUGCCAAGCUGUGCUGACCUUUUUGUCUAUUACAAGAAGUGCAUGGUGCAGUGUUCGCAGCUCAGCACCGGUGAGCCCAUGAUAGCCCUGACCACCAUCUUUCAGAAGUACCUCCGGGAAUAUGCCUGGAAAAUUCUCUCUGGAAACCUGCCCAAAACAACAAGCAGCGGCGGUGGACUGACCAUCACCAGCCUGCUGAAAGAAAAGGAGGGCUCGGAAGUGGCCAAGUUUACGGUAGAAGAACUUUGUCUGAUCUGCAGUAUCCUCAGCACUGCAGAGUACUGCUUGGCAACAACCCAACAGCUGGAAGAAAAGCUCAAAGAAAAAGUGGAUCCAAGUCUCAUGGAACGAAUCAACCUGACCGGAGAGAUGGACACAUUCAGCAUCGUGAUCUCCAACAGCAUACAGCUGUUAGUGCAGGACUUGGAUGCAGCCUGUGACCCGGCCCUCACUGCAAUGAGCAAGAUGCAGUGGCAGAAUGUGGAGCACGUUGGCGACCAGAGUCCUUAUGUCACGUCCGUUAUUCUUCAUAUUAAGCAGAAUGUUCCCGUCAUCCGUGACAAUCUGGCCUCCACGAGAAAAUACUUCACUCAGUUCUGUAUAAAAUUUGCCAACUCCUUCAUCCCCAAGUUCAUCAACCAUCUCUUCAAGUGCAAACCGAUUAGCAUGGUGGGCGCAGAGCAGCUGCUGUUGGACACUCACUCUCUGAAGAUGGUUCUCUUGGAUCUGCCGUCCAUUGGGUCCCAGGUGGUGAGGAAGGCUCCUGCCAGCUACACGAAGAUAGUGGUGAAAGGCAUGACGCGGGCUGAAAUGAUCCUGAAGGUGGUGAUGGCCCCUCACGAGCCCCCCAUCGUGUUUGUGGACAAUUACAUCAAACUCCUCGCUGACUGCAGCACCGACACUUUCCAGAAGAUUUUAGACAUGAAGGGCCUCAAGAGAAGCGAGCAAAGCAGCAUGUUGGAGCUGUUCCGCCAAAGGCUGCCCGCCCCUCCCUCGGGGGUGGAGAGCACCAGCUCCGUCUCCCUGGCGGCUCCCACGCCCGAGCAGGAGUCCUCGCGCAUACGGAAACUGGAGAAGCUCAUCAAAAAGAGACUGUAGCAACCUCUGCUGCCCCCCCAGUCCCUUAGGCCAGGUCUUGUGCAGGCUCCCCAUUAGCCUACCCUAGGUCACCGAACAAGCGCUGCCGGACACGCACUGGCUUGCUCUAAUGGCAAAGCAGCCUGAUUUUGGCAAGGGACGAGUGUGUCUCCGAGAGAGAUUAGCCGAGUGAGACCCGUCUCACUGGGGCUUCUCCGAGCUCGUGGCUCGGAGGGGGUGCAGUGACUCGGGCUGUGGGCUAGGAAAAUGGUUUGACUGGGUUACACCCAAGGGUCGCCUGCUGCUUCCAUGAUGCUGCUCACUCAGCAUCUAGCUGCAGUUCCCCUUUGGGCUCCCUGGGCAGCAUGCAGGACUGUCCCCUGGAAGGGACAAGACGCCAUGUCCUCCCCAUCAUGGAGUGUCUUGCCCCAGGACUCCAACGAGCUCCUUGGAAAUGCCCCAGACAGGACCCUGCAGCAUCUCUCCUGUGUGCCGAGGACAGGAGUGUGGGCUGUAGCUGUCAGUA